AUCCGGUAAGUAGACCGUACCCGGCCAAGAUGGCGUCUCAGCAACAACAGCCUCCCGGUGGGCCGAUGCCUCAACCCGGAUUACAACAAUCUGCCACAUUACAACAGCAACAACAACAGCUCAGUCAACAACAAGACUUUGAUCCAGUUCAUAGAUUUAAAAUGCUAAUUCCUCAGCUGAAGGAGAGUUUGCAGAAUCUUAUGAAAAUUGCAUCCUUGAAUUUGGCCCAUAACACGGCGAUCGACAACGGCAUCAAAAGCAGUGACGCUACCGUUCAGCGUUUUGACAAAAGCCUGGAGGAGUUUUAUGCCCUUUGUGAUCAGGUGGAGCUGUGUUUGCGGCUGGCAUACGAGUGCCUCUCCCAGAGCAUCGACAGCGCCAAGCACUCACCCAACCUGGUCCCGACAGCAACCAAACCAGACACAGUGCAGACAGAGUCCAUGUCUUAUGCUCAGUACCUUGGGAUGAUUAAGUCUCAGAUCACAUGUGCCAAAGACAUCCAUAAUGCUUUGCUGGAGUGUUCUAAGAAGAUUGCAGGAAAAGGACAGCCUCAGGGAAUGAUGUAAACCUGAACUGACUCCAUAUUAUUUUUUUGCAUCUGUUGAUGUAUAUGACAGGGGAUGGAUUUCACUUUCCUUCUCUGAAUAUUUAAAUUUCAGUUUUGCAUUUUGCUGUUCAAGAUCCUGUGUAUUUUCACUUCUAUGUUCAUGUAAACCUUGUGUAAAUAUUUUUGACAAAAUGUCAUGGUCUUAAAUGACCUGCAGAUGGCAGCAGAGUUGUAAGUACCAGCUUACCAAACGCCACAAAUCUUUUGUAGUUUAUUUGUAUUGAAUAAAACCUUUCUACCAAUA